AUGUCCUUUAAGCAGGCUGAGCACAAGCUUUUGAUGAUCCCCGGCCCGAUUGAGGUCGCGGACGAUGUCCUCUACGCCAACGCGCACCCCGCGAUGGCGCACGUGUCGCCCGACUUUGUUCCCGUCUUUGGCAAGGUCCUGACGAUGCUCAAGAAGGUGCUCUACGCCCCCAACUCGCAGCCGUUUGUCGUCGCCGGCUCCGGCACGCUCGGCUGGGACAUGGUCUCUACGAACGUCGUGCAGCCCAACGACGAGGUGCUCGUGCUGCAGACCGGCUACUUUUCCGACUCGUUCGCCGAGUGCCUCGAGACGUACGGCGCCAAGACCACCGUCCUCAAGGCCCCGGUCGGCAAGCGCCCGUCGCUGGACGAGGUGAAGAGCGCGCUCAAGGAGAAGAAGUACCGCGCGAUCACCAUCACGCACGUCGACACUAGCACCGGUGUGCUGUCCGACGUCAAGGCCGUCGCCGCCGCCGUCCAGGAGGUCUCGCCCGAGACGCUCGUCCUGGUUGACGGUGUGUGCAGCGUUGCCUCCGAGGAGCUCCGCCUCGAGGAGUGGGGCGUCGAUGUGGUGCUCACCGGCUCGCAAAAGGGCCUCGGCUGCCCGCCGGGUGCGACGAUCGUCGUCGCGGGCCCCCGUGCGCUCAAGGCGUUUGAGUCGCGCAGCGCGCCCCCGCCGACGUACUACCUCAGCUGGCACAAGCUGUUGCCGGUCAUGAAGGCGUACGAGGCCGGAUCGCCCGCCUACUUUGGCACGCCGCCCACGAACCUGAUCUACGCGCUGCACCAGAGCCUGACGACCAUUACCGAGGGCUCCGUGUCGCUCGAGGAGCGCUUCCAGAAGACCAAGGAGGCCUCGCAGAAGGUCAAGAACUUCCUGACCGAGCUCGGCGUGAAGCAGCUGGUCGCCGACGAUCUGCAGCAGUCGAACGGCGCCGCGAACGGCAUGACCGCUGUCCGCUACCCCGGCGGCCUCAAGGCCCCGGAUGUCCUGCCGAAGAUGGCGCAGCGCGGCAUCGUGCUCGGCGCGGGCCUGCACAAGGAGUGCAAGGACGAGUACUUCCGUAUCGGCCACAUGGGCGUGUCGGUCGUCGACCCGUCGCGCACCGACGUCGACCAGGUGCUCAAGAACCUCAAGGAGGUCCUGGAGGAGGCCGGAUACAAGAAGUAG